AUCGUGUUCGGUCUUAUAAACUCGAUGGUUAUAUUUGACAGAACAAAACAACGUGGCAGACGAUGUUGGCGGAACUAUCUGAGCCUCAACAGGUUUUCAGUGUCUGAUAAAAUCCAGAAGACGGAUAUAUUCGAGACGACGAAGUAACAAGUGGCCCCUUUCACUAGCUUCGCUGCUCACUUUUCUUGAUCGGUCUGACACGUCGACUCAGUGGUUCCAGAAAAUGUCAAACAUUUACGCAACGAUGAAAUCGUGCCUGUACAAGGGCCCAGGUUCAGAACAAGUUGAAGUGAUAACCAAUGCAGAUGACAUCAAGGAAAGCGAUGCUCCUGAAUACUCCUCAAAUAAGAAAACAGAUGAAGUGUCAGAGCCCGGGAAGCAGCCGAGUUUGCUGUGGCGCAUGUCCAGCGGUGUAUACAGCACAGCAUCUGGUGCCGUGGGCUAUGGCUACGGAGGGGUGAAGUGGGUUGCAGGCAAGACAUACGACGUGGGAUCCACAGUCGUCAGUAAAGUGCCCAGGCCACCCAUCCCAUUUGUAAAGAAGAAGGACAAGAAUGAGUGAUGUACUGAUGGAAGGAGAAGCUUAGUACUGAUAGUACUUUUUGAUUGUACACAUGUUAUACAUUGAUUGUUUUUAUGCAUUUAAGCAGGCUUUGAAUUUCACGCAUAUUAAUUCAAUCCCCAGCCUUGCGUAUAUAUCCAUCCAUUUAUUAUGAAAGAUUCAUUGUGUAUUGACACGUAAAUCAUCUGAUUUGUCUUCCCUCAAGAGUUCGGUGUCUCAUCAUGUCCGGUUUCCAGUUCUCAAGUCUCUACAUAUCAAUGCAGGACAGUUGAGGCUCAUUUCAAUCUGAAUGAUAUCAGGUUUGUUGUUUGUGAUACAAUUACAGCAAUCAAACUGUUUUGGUAAAUCAGCUGAUCAGUGGUCGUCACUAAAGUGCUUGAUGACCUCUCUAAGAGAAAAAACAUGUGGCCUUGCUAAUGAUUGUUUUGAUGACAUGCCUUAUUCAAAGGUCUGGGCCUACAUCCCAUAUCUACAGAAUAGUUACAAGAAAAAGUGGCCUGUUAGAACACAUCACCACUCAUAGUAUUAAGCAUGUCUUUCACAUGAGGAAGUAUUUGCAUUAACCAGUAUGUAUGUUAAUUCAACUGAGAAUAUUACAUUAUAAGAUUUUAAUGAGAGAUAUUGUGGGAUGGUGCUUAAUACUUGCAAAUAAUGAGACGGUGUGAAAAGUAUGCACACAGCAUGCUUAAUUUGAUCCAGGCGAAUAUCAACUGUGUGUGUCAAAAUUGGAGAAUCUACUUAUCCAAGAAUUUCUUUUGUCAUACUUUUCAGGAGAUUUUAGUGUUAGUAAAUAAACAAUUGUUAGCUGAGCUUCCUUGGCAGAAAGACCAAUUACCUAACUAAGUUUUGGACUAGUGUCUAAAGUGGCAGACUCUGUUGGAUUAGAGUCACCUAGGGUUAAAAACUUACCCUAAAACAUUUAAGGUAAGAUUCUCUGAUUCUUUGUAAGAUGUGUGUGCACUACUUUUCAUAAGUCCUCAUAUUUGUUAUAUUUGCUUACAAACGGACCUGAAUACCUUUGCUGGUACUGCAAAGCCAAUGUUGGGGUACUUCAGGUCAUCUUUGAUAUUUUGGAACCCCAAUAUCUUUAACAUCUAACAUUACGGUUAUGACAAGGACCGACUGACUUUCAUGCUGAAUUUUGAAGACUGCAAGUACACAGAGCUUCUUGAGCAUAAACAGACAUUUGCAGAUAAUUUUGAAAAUUUGCAUUUGGGUAUAGCAUUAACCAGCUCUGGUACAACAGCAAUGCAGUCAAGAAUGAUUUCCUAGGGAGAGAUUUUUAAUUUUUUUUGCAAGCAACACAGAAAAUGUUUAUGCCUAUGAUAUUCAAACUUUACUAAGGAAAAGAUUAGUUUUCUUAAUGAACAGGGAAUUGUUUCUGUCUUAGUUAACAGAGAUGUGUAUUUCAUGUUCGCUUUGGAUGCAAAGUUAAAUUUUGUUUAGGGAGUGGGCACCUGUGGGCCAGUCAUCUAAGCCAGGUGCUGCAGUUUGCUGUGCAGAGUUGCGUCCCUUUGGCAGCCAGAAACCUUUGAUUGUGGGUUCGAUUGUGUCUGAGACCUGCAUCGCUUCGGGCUUUCCUCCCAUAUUAAGCUGCCACACCAUGAUAUAACUGGAAUACUGUUAGAAGCAGCGUUAAACCCAACUCACUUACUCACUGUUUAGGAAGCAUGGUGAGAAAUUUUGAAAGUUUGUCUUGAGCAUUUGUCUGCCGGUUGGACAAAUGUUAUCAAGGUUUCUACAAUACAUCGAAAGUUUUGUAGUAGAAUAGUUCUUAUACAGUUUGCAAUGUUCCCGCCAGACAGUGGUAGAAUUUAGCUGUAGUCCUAGAGUUUAUGCAAACUAUUGGUCCCAGUAGCGUAAUGUGGUCCCCUUAUGUCUGUUAUAGUACUGAAGUUAGCAAUAAGACGUUAUCAGGGCAGGGGACAGGGCGACUUGAUUCAGCAGUAUUAAUUUAGAUUAUAUCUACCCAGUAUUUGAUAGGAAUACCGAGAUAUUUCAAACUGUGAUGCAACGCAACGACAACUUGUUGAACUGUGUAUUUAUGUUUAAUCAACUUCAACUAAUGCUGCACAUGCUUCAGUUCCAUGGCAAUAUCAGAUACUAUUUACAUGGCAACAUAUCCGAGCAAUCAGUCACUUUCAGACCCCACCGGGAUACUCCCUUUCCCUACCCAAUUUUGAGUACCAAUUCUCUUUCACUGAUCAUGCCCCUUUUUAAUAGUUGAAUAUACAGCAGUCUUAUUUUUAAGUUGCUUGUAGACUUUCAGUAGGUUUAUUCUUUUUUCAUCACACUGGAUUUUGGUUUAAAAGUUACCCAAAUCUCUAACACUCUGCAAGACCUUUUAUUGCUUUUCAAAGUCACUAUAUUUUGCUGUUGAGAGACUUUGUAAGCAGCAAAUGGUCUUCACAAGCCCAGUCACAUGGCUAAACCUGGAGUACAGUAUGGCUGGUUAAUCAUAGAAUAUAUUCACAAUUAGUGCAAUAUUUGACUUAUACUUCUGAAAAGAAGUUAAGGACCACCUAAUUCUUUCAUAUUAUCCUUUUUAUUCUGUCAUACCGCGACAGAUUAACUGUAAUGACAUGAAAGAAUCAGGUGGUCUUUAACUUCUUUUGAGUAUUAUAUGAUGAGACAGUUCAUGUACUCAUGAUAGUAAGUCAAGUGAAGUAGCAAUCUCCGUAAAAUCAGACCUUUUACUCUGAUACGAUACCUCUCUGCAAGAACCUCUCUAUAAUAGGCUGCAUCAGAUGAACUUAUUAACCAAUUAAUGUUGAAGUUUGAAAUUCUUGAAACAAGUGAAAAAACAAAAUUUCCAUAUCAGGGUGGUAAAGAAAUAAAGAGUAAUCAUUUUAGAAAGCUGACAUUGAUUGGCUCAAGAGUCCACACAUCCUUCACUUAUAGGGGGUGGUCAAAGUUUGUUCCGGGUUCACCUGACACAACCUCCCAUAGAGGUGUUCUGUGAUGGUCAGGCAAAUUAACCAAGAAAGUCUCCUCAUCCUGAGGGGGCACGGGGGGCCCAGUCGUCUAAGGCGCCGCGAUUCGCUGUGCAGAGUUGCGUCCAAAGGGCAUGCCAGAAACUUAUGAUUGUGGGUUCAAAUCCUGGUUCGCCCCGAUUAUGUUUCUAGGUUUGUCAGCACCAUACCCGUGCUCAUGGGUUUCACUGAAAUGGUAAACGUCUGAGACCUGCAUCGAUUCGGGCUUUCCUCCCACAUUAAGCUGACACGCCGUGAUAUAACUGGAAUACUGUUAAAAGCGGCGUUAAACCCAACUCACUCACUCCUCAUCCUGAAUAUUGGUAACAAAUCGCAAUAAACCCCCACCCCCACCC